CUGUAUCUAGACAAGAGGCUAUAUGACCUCAGCUCCUCACCGAGACACAGCAGGCAGCCUCAGCCUCUCAAACACACAAUAGCCUCCUCAGUGCACGGAUACAGAAGCAUGGAGCAAGGACCUUACAAGUACAUCAGGGAUGGAAAUGGCAAGGUUAGUCGUGUCUUCCGGAUUGGAACCCGCAAGAGCCAGUUGGCUCGCAUCCAGACUGACAGCGUGGCAGAGAAGCUGAAGGAGCUGUACCCUGAACUAAACCUGGAAAUAGUUGGCAUGUCAACAUUAGGAGACAAAAUCCUGGACACAGCUUUAUCCAAGGUGAGGCUUUUCAUGGGGCUUUACAUCAGCACACAGAACAUUCUAAUUUCUAGUUUACAUAUUAAUCAAAUAAUCCCCAAAACAUGCAGACUUAAAGCAGUCAAUAUUUAAAUGACAUAUAGUACCAGUGUUUCCCCUAUAUACAAAUAGUGGCGGUGCAGC